AUGCAUUCGAUUCAACUCCUGCUAGCUAUCUUAUGGAUCAAUACAUGUAUAGUUUUCGCCGAGCAGAAACUUUACUCGACGUGGAUGGUGGACUCCAUGAUCGCCAUUGGUAUAACCCCAACCCGAUAUUACACCCAAGCCACAUUCUAUCGAGGGGUUGAAUUCGUGUACAACAAAACUCAAGAUUCUAAAUACUCCUCUUUCCUGACCUCACAGCUAGAUGCUGUUCUAACCUCAAAUGGUACAUUUGUUGACUGGGAUUACACGAGCCAUCAGCUGGACAAUAUACGUGUCGGCGAGACUCUCCUAUUCUUGUACGGUGCCACUGGCGAUGUGAAGUACAAGAAUGCCGCUGAUUUCCUUCGAGAUCAAAUCAAUCAGCAGAAGCGCACCGUGUCCGGCGGGUUUUGGCACAAGGAUCCCAAUUAUCCAAACCAGAUGUGGCUGGAUGGGCUUUUCAUGGCUGAGCCUUUCUAUGCACAGUACACAUCAAUGUUCGAGCCAGACAAUGCGACUGCUUGGGAUGAUAUCGUGCAUCAAUUUGAUCUUAUAGAAUUUCACUGCCCAAAUCAACAGACAGGUCUGCGUUAUCAUGGGUAUGAUGAGAGCUUCGUGGCCGUUUGGGCAAACAAUGUCACCGGAGCCUCGCCUCAUGUAUGGGAUAGGGCAGUGGGAUGGUACUUCAUGGCGCUCGUCGAUGUACUAGACUGGUUACCAAAAUCACAUCCGGGGCACUCUAGAUUGUUGGGUUACUUCACAAAGCUCGCUAUGGGGUUGAAAAGGAAUUGGGACUCACAGGGCGGGUGGUGGCUGGUAAUGGACGCACCAUAUCCCGGUAUGGUUGGAAAUUAUAUUGAGAGCAGUGGUACAGCCAUGUUCAUUUAUGGGUUCCUUAAGGGCAUUCGAGAGGGAUAUUUGGACAAGAGCUCUUACAAUCAAAUAGCAACACGAGCUUAUGAUGCCAUGGUUAAAAGGUUUGUGGGAAGAAAUGAGACUACUGCCAUGUUGACUUGGGAAGGGACGGUGAAUGUAGGGAGCUUAAGUGGAAAUGCUUCAUAUGAAUACUACAUUUCACAGCCAGUUGUUGAGAAUCAUCUGAAUGGGGCAGGGCCGUUUGUAUAUGCGAGUACUGAGUUUGAAGCCUUGCAGGGGUCAUAG